AUGGUGCACAUCGAAAAAUAUGGAGAUGGAGAAAGCUUUUGCUACUGGAAACAGCCGUGCCCUAUACCAACUAAUAAGAUCAACUGGCUAGAGGAACACAACGCUCAGACGUGGCUUCUUAUUAUUCAUUCGCCAAUUUCAACUCUUAAAGUAGAGAGAUUACCCUUGAUUGACCGUAAUCACCUUCCUCAUCAGAGUCCAACCGUUUGGCUAUCCUGUGACGCAUUCCGGGACGUUCCCUCGGUGUGCAUUUUCAGAUGGCACAUGAUCUACUAUGACCUUGGCGUCAUACCUAUUCCACGAAUCCAUAAUAUAAAACGGUUUCAUGUCGAAAUGCUUGUACACCACUUAACAUAA